UAACCGCCGGAGAAAUGGGCAGCUUUUGGCGGGAAUCUGAACCGUGAGACAGGCCGAUUUCACUCUCCCUCUCUCUCGUACGAAAGCGAACUAUUUGGACAAGAUGAAGACAGUGCUGGUACUAUGCGCGCUCUUCGCCUGUGCGAACGCGGGACUCAUCUCGGGUCUCCUCGGUACAAUCCACGAGACCUUCAUCGACCCUCUUCUCGGCUCUGCACAGCAGACGGCCCAAGAUCUCCUGGAGACCUACACGCCCAUCAUCGGCCAGACCGCCCAGCAGCUGACCGGCACGGCGGUGGAGACGGUCGGCGGCGUGCUGACGGACUGGGGGUGGGUGGACGAGCAGACCGUGCUGGAGACCGGCGCGGCGCUGCAGGAGACCGUGGGACAGACCAUCGACGGGAUCGGGGACGGGCUCAACACUCUGGUGUCCGGCAGGAAGAGGAGACAGCUUGAGUUCCAGACUGAGAUCGGGCAGAUCCUGCAUGAUGGAGUGAUGACCCUGUUGGAGCACACCACUCAGACCAUCCAGAACGUGCAGCAGUCCCUCACCACUGCCGUUAACACUCUGUUCGCGGAACCGCGGCCCGCCACCAAGGGAAUCCGUGCGUCUAUGAAGGGUAUCCAGCUGAUCGGGCGGCAGGGACUGGAGUACAAGGCUAACAUGCUCCUCAAGCAGCUCGCUAACGCCGUCAGCAAGGAGCGCCGUGCCCGCGGGUUCUUUGACGACCUUGCCGCCGGCGCAGCUGCGGUGUUCCAGCCCGCCAUUGACGCUGCCGCACUGGCCUUCAACCAGCUUGUUGACGCGGCCACCACCGUUGGUCAGCAGGUCCUGGACCACGGCACCGCCCUGGUCAACAACGUGCAGGCUUCGCUGCAGCAGACCUACCAGGACAUCCUGAACGUGGCCGACCCGUACAUCCAGGACGCCCAGACCAUCGUGGCCUCCAUCCAGAACCAGUACCAGCAAACCUUCGGCUCCGACACCACCGCUUAGAGUGUACAACACUUGCGUGACGCGUCAUCACGCGUUAUCUGUGCGCCAUGACGCGUCAUCUGCCGACAGUAACCUGGAAAUCGUGACCACAAAGUGGACUCACAAUGACAUCAGACUAAUCACAUUGACUAAUAAAGAUACUAAUAUC